AGCCACGAACUCGAGCAAAAUAGAACCAGAAGAGAGAGCGAGAACUACAGAGAGAUGAGAUACCGCUCGGUUUUUAGGGUUUCUCAGAGCAGGAACAGAGCGCCACUGCUGCUUCUACCUCAAGCUUCGCGCUCGUUCUCUCAGAUUCAAUCAAAGCCCGAACGGUCUUCUUUUGGAAUUGCAUUUGACAUUGAUGGCGUUGUUCUUCGUGGUCGCGUUCCCAUUGGGGGCUCUGCACAAGCUUUGAGAAGAUUGUAUGGAGAUUCUGGUUCUUUGAAGGUACCUUUUCUGUUCUUGACGAAUGGAGGUGGCAUCCCAGAAUCCAGACGCGCCACUGAGUUAAGUGAACUUUUGGGGGUGCACAUUUUACCUUCUCAGGUUGUACAGGGUCACUCACCUUUUAAAACUUUGUCGAAAAGAUAUGAAAAUGAACUCAUCAUUGCCGCUGGAAAAGGGGAACCUGCUCUUGUAAUGUCUGAAUAUGGUUUCGAAAAGGUCCUUUCAUUAGAUGAGUAUGCUUCUUACUUCAAGAACAUUGAUCCUGUAUCUCAAUAUAAGAUGUGGACAACUAAGCAGGAAUUGGUUAAGAGUAGCUACCCCAGGAAGUUGGUUCCAAGUUACAACAUUACUGCUGACAGAGUUAAGGCAGUUUUUGUUGUCAGCGAUCCUGUGGAUUGGGGCAGGGACAUUCAGGUCCUCUGUGACAUUUUAAGAUCUGGAGGCCUUCCUGGACAUGAUAAUGGACAGCAACCACCUUUGUAUUUUGCUGCCGAUGAUCUUGAAUAUCAGGCUGCAUUUCCCUCUGAGCGUCUCGGAAUGGGUGCUUUCAGAAUUGCACUAGAAAGUGUCUUCAACAGAAUUCACCGCAAUACUCUGGAGUAUGUAUCUUUUGGGAAACCAAAUCCAUUUGUAUUCAAGAACGCUGAAGCCAUACUGAGACAGCUUCAGCCAUCAUGUAAUGAUAAUUCCGUAAAUAAUGGAGGCAUUGGAUCACAUCCCUUCAAAACCCUUUAUAUGAUUGGCGACAAUCCUUUAGUUGAUAUCAAGGGUGCACGACAGGUAGGACAUCCUUGGUUUUCUAUUUUGACGAGAACAGGCGUUUUCAGGGGAAAAUAUAAUCAUGCAGAGUUUCCAGCUGAUCUGGUCGUUGAUACUGUUGAAGAGGCAGUGGACUAUAUUCUGAAAAAGGAGGGUUCCUCUUAGGCUUCUUAGGACCUAUGCCUUUUUAACUGCAAUUGCUGACUGCAAAAGCUAGUCAUUCUUAUGCUUGGAAAGUUCCUGUCCUGUUGUUAUACAGUCCUAUUCUUUGGAUACACUUUGACUGCUAUCAAUAUCAGAUUCGUAGAAACGUGACAAAUCCGAUGCUUUGAAUCAAAACUACUUGUGUUCAUCAUUUUUUUUAUAAACUCAUGGAUUGCUCAGGACAGCAUCGUCGACAUCCUGUUUCUUUCAGGCUUUCAAUGUUUCAAUGAAAAUGCUUAGGAUACUACAACUCCCUUACAAGUUCAUGUGAUAGUUUACAUUUUAUAGAAACGAGUGUUACGAUAAAUGUCACGUGAAUUGCCUCGUCAGUUUAUAAAAUGUGGUAAAUGCCAUGUGGACAGGCAGUCCACAGUUUAGUGGCGAGUGUGGUAAGUGUCGUCAGUUCAUAAUGAACUACUUGUUUUGGUGUUCUUUCUACUGGAAAAAUGAAGGGUGCAACUUACUCAAGUUGAGUUUCAUAUAAUUUCACCCCUUAAAAAGAUCUUCACCCAUAGUAAGUGUUAAAUAUUUUACUUGUUGAAAAAGAGUGUCGACUUAAGCUUUUGAGAUAAAUGAUGAGUAAUUUAACAAAUAUAUACAAAAAGAUUAACGCAGUUUGAUCUUUCUCGUUCAUUUAGACUAGUGACACCAUACAAUUUGACAAUAAAAUAACAUUGAAAUGCAAACUCCAUACGAUGCCUUGUCUUGGUGUUCUUUCUACUUGGAAUUUUGGAAAAAUGAAGAAUACGACUUUCUCAAGUUGAGUUGCUUGAUGGGCAAUCCGUGGUCAUUAUCUUCGAGUAAGGGAACUCUCUUUCAAUUACUUUGAUAGCAGAUUGUAUACCAAGCAGCAAAUAUUAAUUGGUUUUGGCCAACGUUCACUGGGUUUAACUCUCUCUUUUCUUUAGACUUGUGUUUGGCUUUGUCAGUCUAUAAAACUAUGCAAUUUUUGUUUGAGCAAUUUAGAAGAAUUUUCUUCAACUUUGUUAGUGUAUUAAACUGAAAUGAGUUCAAAAUGCAUGUG